UAGGAUUUAUGCUUUUUAAACUGGAUAAAUAUACGCAUAAUCUUUGAAAAUGGCAGAUCGCCUUUCUAUACACGAUGAUAUUAAACUGUAUAUUACUUCAGAUAAAUUUUAUUUAGAACCACACAUUAAUCCUACAGAGGUUCUUGUAAUAGAUAGAGUAACAGGAGAAGCAUCUGUAAAAGAAUAUGGUACAGUUAAAAUACCAAUUCCUGCCUCUGCAUACAGACCAGUUUGUGGUUUCCUUGGGACCAUUAAACUGAUAUCUGGAUUGUAUCUGGUUGUGGCUAAAUAUAGGAUAUUAAUUGGCAGACUAAAUGGGCAUGAUAUAUACCAGUUAGCAGGAUCAGAGAUCAUUCCGUAUGCUAGAUCCACAACACAUCUCACUAAUAAACAGAUUGAAGACAACAAUACAUAUGAGAAAAUGAUACGUUUUGCAUUGGAGAGCCCUGGCUUGUACUUCUCAUAUGGCUAUGACCUCACUCACACUCUGCAACGGUUACACUCCGUCGCGCCAGACUUCCACAUGAUGUCUAUAGCAACACGAGCAGAUCCUCGCUUCUUAUGGAACGGGCACCUGUUGAAAGAUUAUUCACAGCAACAGUUUGCUAGAUUCGCCCUGCCUAUUAUACAAGGGUUUGUGUCAAUAAACCACGUGACCGUGAAUGGUCAUCAGCUGACGUGGUCGUUGGUGUCUCGACGUUGCGUGCAUCGCGCCGGUACUAGAUUCUUCAUGCGCGGUGUGGACUCGCAGGGCAACGUAGCAAACUUCGUGGAGACCGAACAGAUUGUAGAGAGGAGUGGGGAGAAAUCUUCGUUUGUUCAGACCCGUGGCUCCAUACCCUUGUAUUGGAGUCAGUAUCCGAGUCUGAAGUAUAAGCCGCCUAUGGAGUUAGCUCACGAGGACCACGUCGCGGCUUACACUAAGCAUUUGAGAGACCAGCAAUUGCGGUACGGCAAUCAAGUGCUUGUCAAUCUGAUCGACCAGCAAGGCAAGGAAGAGGCGUUAGAGCGCGGAUACCGCGCGGCGGUGGCGGCGGCGGCGCUGCCCGGCGUGCGGUACGAGCCGUUCGACUUCCACACGGAGUGUCGCGGCAUGCGGUACCAUCGGCUCAACGUGCUCAUAGACAGGAUCACACACGAACAGAACGAAUUCGGUUACUUCAUGUCUCGCGGCGGCACUGUACUUCUACGUCAGAGCGGUGUGUUCCGCACUAACUGCGUGGACUGUUUGGACCGCACCAACGUGGUGCAGUCGUUGCUCGCGCGGCUGCAGCUCACCGCCGUCCUGCGGCUGCUCGACAUCGCACCGGAACCGCCGGCGCACUUCAACGAAUUGUUUAAUACGGUGUGGGCCGAUCACGCUGAUAUGAUAUCCAUCCAGUACUCGGGCACCGGCGCCUUGAAGACUGACUUCACCAGGACCGGCAAACGGACCCACCUGGGAUUGAUCAAGGACGGUAUCAACUCACUCACCAGAUAUUACAAGAACAAUUUCAGUGAUGGUUUCAGACAGGACUCCAUAGAUCUGUUCUUGGGUAAAUACGUCGUGGCAGACGGUGAGGGUAACACUGUGGUCUGCCCACUACGCAGGGACAGAGACUGGAAAUAUAUUACGUUCCCGUCGGUCCUGCUGGUGGCAGUAUCGAUGUUCUGCGCGAGCGCAACUCUUCCACAGCGGUAUAGCAGCGAGGUGUUGAUGUACCUCAUGUUUUGGGGCGCCUGCGUCACUGCCACAUUGUCCUUCAUCUUCCGCCACGGCAAAGAGUUCGUCGACUGGCCUCGCUUGGACGCGGGUGGUUUGGCCGCGAGCCGCUCGUCGCAUUUAUGAUCUGCGAUACCCCGCUCGUAGUCGUCGUCUAAACGCAUCCCUCUCCCGCGUAUAGCGCUCUCCCCCUCGCACGCACACGAACUUAUAGACGUCGUUGUACAUUCGUACUAGACACAUUUUACCUUCAUUCAUUCUUUAGGUACUUUACUGAAUUUUGUCAUUUAAAGACAUUUUUUAACGUGAUUUUUAUGUGAGAAGUUUUGAAAAAUUUCGCAAUAAUUAUAUCGUUUCUUUUUCAGUUUACUAGUACAGGAUGUCCAUUUAAAUUAAUCUAAUACUAGAGAUGUACCGAGUGCUAAGUAUACCGAUUAUUAUCGGCUGAGUUAUUCGAUUGAGUAAUGCAAGUUUGAGAUGCGACAACCUGUUUGAACAUCUACAUGUUGUAGUUUAUAUGUACAAUUGGUAAUACCCAAUUAAGCAAAUACUCGCCAUUUGAACUAUUUGACCUAAUAGGAAACAUAAAUACUCGGCUCGACUCUUGAUUUUUUAUUAACUGGCCAUGGGUUAAACGUUAUUGAAUAUUUAAAGUGAUUGUACAGCGACGUCUACGUAUAUUAUGUUCUCUAGGAGCCAUAUCUUGUUAGGAUCCCCUGCAAACAAAGACUGCAGUGUCUAAAUAAUUCAAUUCAAAUUAAAAUAUUAGGCAGCUAUCUCAUUUUAUUGUUUUGCCAAUAUUAAUACUGAUUAAGGUCUAUGUCUUUGUUUUCUAAUGAGGCAUGGCUCUUAAGUUUGGUACACAUUGAUGGAUGACAUUAAGUUUACUAUCUUAUGAGAGUAGGUAUUUGUAAUAUCAUUUAUUACAUUUUGCACGGUUUGAUGAGAUAUUUUUUUUAAUUAAGCAUGAUCUGCUGUCGGAGUAAAUUGUGCCACUAGUCCUUUUAGUAGUCCUUUCGAUUCCUACCUCCGGGUUAAUCGCAUUGUUUAAACUAUGAACUCUGUUAAAAUUUACGUACUGAAGUGCUAAAUAAUUACCUAAACUUAAUAUUUGAAUUUUGAGAGAGUCAGGCAUGCUUUGCGUACGAGAGUUUGUAAAUACUGAUUGUUCAAGUAACUCGCGAUUUCAAUUGUUUCUGUUACUUGCACCAUAUACAGGGAUCAGUACAGCCUGAACUAUGUUCACUGCUAUUAUCUGUGCUUUAUAAUCAUUUUAAUGAUGAAGUCAAUGUGUGCCGGACUAAUACGUCUAUAAACAUGUUUUAUAGACUUUCCAUACGUUCAUUCCCAAUUCCCCGCUUUACUUCUUCCCAUGGAAACAUCAAAAUAGUUCAAAUCACACUAAAUGUAAGUAUCGAUGUAUUAAGGUUAAAUUAAAUAAUGUUGAAUUUCUCGCUCGUAGCGAGAAUCUUAUAUAAUUAAAAUACAAAAAUUCCUAAUGUACAUUCUAAAGUUAAUGUAAAUUGGUUAAAAUUUUGAAUUAGACGUGGGUCGAACGUCGAGAAAACCGACUACUCAGUAAAAUAUACCGAUUAUAAAUAAUAAUAGAGGACUGCAAUUAAAAACAUAAUGAAUAAUUUAAUCUGAUACAUUUGUUGACUUCUAUAUUGCAAACAUUUAUAUAUGAAACAACUUUAAAACGAUUUCGUCGCGUUUGUAUUUUCCUUUUAUUGACGUUUCAGGCCCGUUAUUAAAAAGAUAAUUAACACCUUACUCUAAUGUGAAUACGAAACCUGUAAAGGUUUAUGAAACCAUUUAAAAGUUGUUUCAAUUGUGGAUAGUGCGCUAGAAAAUAUAAGAAAUUGUCACUUUAUACAUAAAGAAAGAUAUACUUUAUUGGUAAAUUUAAUUUAGUCUGCGUAGUAAUUGGUAAAUUCUAAACCAACAAAAUCAUGAUCAGCCCAUCUCCACUAGUAAUUCAUUUAACGAAAUAGUUUUUCACCAUGCAAUUUUUAUAUGUACUUUGUCAAAUACAACUUUUGAGCAAUUUAACAACUGGCUUGAGCUGAAACGCCACGGUUUUACAUAACAAUAUGGAUAUUUGUAUAGAAAAAAAAAAAACAAAUUAGAACACUAUCGUCGUUUCUUGAAAUUCAAAAGGAAUGAUUCCGUGGCGUUCUACUUUAAACUAGAUUGAUUCUACUUAUGAGCUAAUUUUCUGUUUAUACAUAAUAGAUAUUUAAUGAUAUUGUAUCAGGUAAUGAUUUAUUAUUGCAACGACGAAUAUUUCAUUUAUUUAUGCAGUAUAUGGUUAACAUCAUACUGAGUUGUUCAAAACUGACUAAUUUCUCCAAUCAAUAUUACGUUUUAACGAUUGUAAUUAAAAUUGACUGCGGAAAUUUUUGUUUCGGUUUAUCUAAAUACUUCCGCUCGUGUCCAAUUGCACUGCGUUAAAUUAGCUUUAUGAAGGUAAUUUAGUGAACAAACAAUUGAGCGGUGAGAGGUCUAUUAUAUGUAUACACAGUAAAGUUGAAGAAAUUAAUGUGUCACUAAUACUAUUUUAAUAGUCUUAUAAAUUUCCAAAUCCACAAAUCACACAAUGAAAGUACAAACCAGUAAACUUAUGUUAAACUUAUCUCCUCAGUAAUUUCUUUAAACGUUACAACUAUUUUAUAUUCGAGGGCCUAUAUAUAACAUUAAUGUUUGUGUUACAAUAGUAGUUACAAAUAGUAGAACCACACUUUAAUGUAAUUUAACAAAUAAAAGUAUUUUGUAAAUUAAAGCUGAACCAUAGUUGAUACGUUAUAACUGGAAUAUAAAAAAGUGAUUAUGAAAGGACAUAGGAUUAUGAAAAUGUUAUAGAAGUGUUUUGUUUAUUUAGUAUAAUCAGUGUAUAUGUAACAGGCUUCUCACCUCAAGGGUCCAAUAUAUUUCGCUGUGAGACUUAGAUGCAAAUAAUUGAAUUAAUGAUAAUUAUUUCUUUGUUUUUGUUUGGUUGUGUGUAAAACAAACUUAUUU